CAUUCAUUCUCCUAUAUAAGCCUCCCAAUGUCUUAUGCACUCUUCACUACUCUCUCUACUUAGCAAAAACACACAACAAAGUUUUUUUUUUUUUUUUUUUUGCUAAAUAACACACAACAAAGUUGGUUUACAUAAAGAGUAACAAGAGAUGGCAAUUAAGUGUUUAGCCGUGUUCCUCGUUGCUCUCACGGUGGCUCAUUCCGUCACCGCCACAAGACCGGCACCGGCCAAGAAUGUCGGAGCUGGUCUUGAAGACCAAAAGAACUUUGUUGCGUUUGCUGGCGUCGGUGGAGCUGCUGGAGUUGGUGGUGUUGGGACAGGUCUUGGUGGUGUAGCCGGUGGAGUUGGUGGUGUCGCCGGAGUUCUACCUGUAGGUGGAGUAGGCGGCGGAAUUGGUGGUCUUGGAGGUGGUGUAGGUGGUCUCGGUGGUGUUGGUGGUCUAGGGGGUGGUUCGGGUCUCGGUGGUGGAAUAGGUGGUGGUUCAGGUCUUGGCGGCGUAGGUGGACUCGGCGGUGUAGGUGGACUCGGCGGUGUAGGCGGAGUCGGUGGUUUGGGAGGAAUUGGCGGUGGAAGCGAUUGCGGUGGCGUUCUACCUCACCCUUGAUAUUAAAAACGUUUUUCUAUAUAAACCAAAGAUCGAUCCAAGGGUUUAUAAUGUUUGUAUCAGUUUUCUAAUGUUGUAAGUUUUUAUUUUCCCGAUGUUAUGUUUAAGUCUUUGCUUGUUUUUUUCAUGCUGUUUGUUAUUAAUUACUUGAGAUAAUACUUGUGCUAUCAAUAAAUAGAGUAUUUAUUUUG